GAUAUUGGUAAAAAGUAACGAAGAGUCACCCAUCCGGUGACGGAUACGAAGCCUGGAAAUGCGAUCACUGCUCACCCCGGCGGCGAGCUCCGGCAUAUCUACGGCUCUCCGCCGCGAACGCCUCUUCGCUCGCCUGACGUUUUCGUCUAAUCCUCUCUCUCCGCUCAGGAGCAGAGCCGCAGCUUCUUCCUUCUUACCGUUUCCGCCUCUCCUAUUCCGACAGCUGAAACCUAAUUUCGCGGCGGCGUCAUCUUCUGCUUCCUUUGCAGCUGAUACUGAGCUCGACAAGGCAAAGAUCGCUCAGGUUGCAAAGAGAUUGGAGAAGACAUCAAAGCACUUCAAGAGUCUGGGGAGUUUCGGGUUCUGGGGGCAGCUUGUGCUCACCGUGGUUGCCUCCGUGAUAUUAUCGUUCUCCGUUGUUGUCACCGGAAAACCCACUUCCCCUGCGACCUUUUACGCUACGGCCGGUGGGAUAGCUGCUGCAUUCGUGUCGGUGUUUUGGUCUUUUGGGUAUAUUCGUCUCUCGGAGAGGCUCCGUAGAACUUCUGCUGACCCUUCCAAGGCUCCGCCACGAGCUGAUGCAGUGAGAGGAUUGAAGAAUGGAAUCAUGGUGAAUCUUUUGGGGAUGGGUGGAGCGAUUCUCGGGAUGCAAGCCACAGUCGGAUUCCUAGUUGCAAAGGCGCUAACGACAUCGGCAAACCCUUUCUACCAGGGAGUCUCUCCUGGUUACAGCCCUGUUCUCGCCCUUGACAUCUUCUUGGUCCAGGCAUCGGCAAACACCAUACUUUCUCAUUUCCUUGGCCUCGUCUGCUCGCUGGAGCUAUUGCGCUCGGUAACACUGUCCUCUUCGGAACCUGUAUUUGUUACCUAGAUUGCUUAAAGUUUUGUCCCUCCUUUGUUGUCUGCUCGGAGGAGUGCUAGGGAUGUUUCUUACUUCCCGGCGCAGCCAGUUGUGGAUUGAUCUUGUUUGUGUUGUGAACUUUGUCCGAGAAUUAAUCAUGAAAAGGUUGAGAAUU